AUGAGUGAUCAUUAUGUCAAAGUCAAGGAUCAACUCGAGCAAAUGAAAUCGUUGGGCGAGGAUGCGGAGAAGCAGGGUGUGGAUGCUGCUGAGGAGGUGCAGGAGGUGCAGGUGUCUUCUCUCCCCCCUGCUUCUGACCCUCAGAGCAUCAUCAUAGCAGGCAGAGAUGCAUCCAACACCUCCAUCACCUGUAAGCAAAGGGGUAAAAGUCGCAGUAAGCCUGGAAGAGAUGCCAAACACACCUCAGACUUGUCAUCUGCUCACAUUGGGAAGAAUUUGAACAGGAUGGGGAAUGAGAAGACACUUCAUAUCAGAGGUACUGGGAAGAUACUGCUGGGUAAGCCUGCAGAGAGCAAUGGGAACUAUGUGACAAUCCAUCCAUCCAAAAAUAUCCAAGAGACACGUCGUGAGGAGGGAUUCAAGCAUGCAAAGAAGAGGAGACCUGUGACGGUGGACACCUCCAAAGCCAAAACCUCGCUGGAGGCUCUGAAGUUGAGCAUCAAGCAGCUGCAGUGGAAAGAGUUUCCUCUGGGAAGACGAGCAGCCUGCGAUAUCUACUGGCACGGUGUUUCCUUCCAUGACAAUGAAAAUAUUGUCUCAGGGCAAGUGAACAAGUUCCCAGGAAUGAUUGAAAUGCUGAGGAAGAUCAACCUGAGUCGUGCAAUGCGGACUGUGCAGGAACUGUUCCCAGAAGAGUACGACUUCUAUCCCCGUUCCUGGAUCCUACCUGAGGAGCACCAGCAGUUUCUCACACAGAUUCGCAUGGUGAAGGAGAACGACGCUACAGUGAAUUUCACCUUCAUUGUCAAACCAGAUGGAGGCUCUCAGGGGGACGGCAUCUACCUCAUCCGUGACCCUACUGAACUAAAACUCAUGGCGGGCUCACAGGCCAAACAGGCUGUAGUCCAGGAGUACAUCCAUAAGCCGCUGCUCAUUGACAAGCUCAAGUUUGACAUCCGCCUCUACGUGCUGAUAAAGUCCAUGGAGCCAUUGGAGAUCUACAUUGCCAAGGAAGGCCUGACACGUUUUUGCACCGAACCCUACCAGGAGCCAAGCCAGAAGAACCUGAGCCACGUCUUCAUGCACCUUACAAACUACUCCCUCAACGUCCACAGCAGCAACUUUGUCCACUCAGACAGCCAGAGCACAGGCAGCAAGCGCACUCUCUCCAGCGUGCUGUACAGGCUUGCCGCUAAAGGUGUCGACAUCAAGAAAGUGUGGUCUGACAUCAUUGCUCUUGUCAUCAAGACCGUCAUCGCCGUGGUGCCUGAACUUAAAGUCUACUAUCAGGCUGAUAUACCUCCUGGGAAACCUGGACCUACAUGCUUCCAGAUCUUAGGUUUUGACAUCCUGCUGAUGAAGAACUUGAAGCCAGUAUUACUAGAGGUCAACUCUAACCCCAGUAUGAGAAUAGAACAUGAACAGGAGGUGACACCAGGAGUUUUUGAAUAUGUUCCCAGUCCAGUAGAUGAAGAGGUCAAAGUGGGUGUGAUCAGAGACACUCUGCGCCUUAUGGACCCUGGUCACAAGAAGCCGUCAAUUUCCCAACCAAAGGCCGGUGGGUUUGAACACGGGGAGGAGAUUCCCAUGGAGGCGGAGUCCCAAGACAGGAGCCCGGAUGACGGAGGAACUCUUCCCUCUCUGUGUCUAAAGCAGGUCUACCCCAAGUACACCAAGCAGUUUAACUACCUGCGGCUGGUGGAGCGAAUCGCAGCUCUGUUCAUACGCUUCCUUGGCGUCAAGGGCAACAUGCGUCUGGGUCCAACUGCCUUCCGAACUUUCAUCAGGACCUGCAAGCUGAGCAACAGUAAUUUCACCAUGGCUUCAGUGGACAUCCUCUACAUAGACAUCACACGGCGUUGGUCAGGAGCGAUGCCCGACUCUAAGGAAGCAGGUAUGGGACUACAAGCAUUUGUGGAGUCCUUUUUCUACCUGGCAGGUCGCAGGUUCAAAUCCCUGCCGCUGAGGGGCCAGGUGGCGUCGCUGCUGGAGCUGUGCGAGGCUCAGCUCGACUCCCAGUCGGGCGCGGAAGACCGACGCUCCGUGAGCUGCAGCAGGGCGAUGCCACGAUGCACCAAGACUCAGACGCUCGGCCUCACCAACCCUCAGCUCUGCUCCCCGGCUCCCUUGCGAAGGGCGGCCAGCCAGGACUACCGGCUGCAUCAAAGACUCAAGCCGCGCACUCUCAGGGCCAACGUGGAGAACUGACGAGAGAGGGCUACAACUAGUCGUCCAACUCCGAAAAACACUACCUUCAGUCUCUUCCUGUGGAGCAGUAAAAUUAUGUGUCCAUCUCUCCUCCAGCUCCAACAAGGAUUGUAAUGGGAGCUAAGAGAAGGACUAGCUUGACCCCUGCUGGCUGAAUUACAGGAGGACUAUUAUCACCCUGAUUGCAGUGGGGGUGGUGGAGUGGUAAUAUAGAGAAGAAUAUAAGAAGGUUGGUGCAUUUCUCCCUCCUCCUCUUCCUGGUGUGACCAUAUAUGGCUCGUGUGGUCCAGUCAGGAAGAAGAUUUGGCUGCUUUUUAAUAUACUUAAUGAUUCUACAGGGCAGCUAUUCGCUCCCCUUCACCUUUUUGUCUGGCAACAAAUACACUAAAACCAA